AUGUUCUGCAAGUCUAGGCAUCAUUGUUGUUGCUUGCUGGUGCUGGUGUUGCUCUUUUCUUCUUCCACUUCUCUCUCUCGACUUUGCAUACCGCCUCUGCUCCUCUUUGCAGGGCCGCGACAAGUUUCCAAUCUCUGCGUCUUGAAUCUUUGCAAUGGUCCGAAGAGCAGCCGUGAAGCAGCGAAGCUUGCUGCGGGAAUACGACGCAGCUCGGGUUUUCCCCAAGGGUUAAAUUUGGAUCUUUUUGCCGUCAUGGCCCAUGGGAAGCUUUUCAGUCCGACCUUUUCCCCGUUCCAUGGUCACCCAUGUCAUUGGGUCCACUACUGUAUCGGCUACAGCCACAUCUUAAAAUCAGCUUUUUGCUGCAAAGACAGAACAAAGGCCUUGGCCGUGACGCUGUCAGUCAGUGUGUUAGGCUCCGGUUCCCCCAGGCUCAGCUCGAGAGUAGCAUUUUUGGACGUAGCAUUCUAUUCGUACUGUAUCCCUACCCCGUACCGUAAGAAGUCUGAGUAUCUGCGAAAGUGGGAGAGGUUAAGAAAGAGGCCCGAGACUCGAGGACAAGCGCCCGCUGCCCACCCGCCCCUGUCCGGGGAACGCCCGAGGCCUUCAUCCCGGCUUUUUAACCAACUCCUUCCAUAUCAUCCCCCUCCACGUCCCCAUUGCAAGAGCUGA